ACCGCACCUAAACCUUCUUCUCCCUGAAGGCAGGGUGCAAAACACCGCGUGGGAGCAGCAGUCUAUCGAGCACUAGAUCGUAGUUCCUCCCCAUCAAAUACCUGCUCUUUGCAGGGCUCCCAACCUCGCUGUAUUUCCGCCUCUCUCUCUCUCUCUCUCUCUCUCUCUCUCUCUCUCUCUGUCUCUCUCUCGUUGGAUGGCGAAGAAGGUGGAGAGGGAGAGCGUCCCUCUCUCCAGAUUCGGAGUCUUAGUCGCCCAGCUCGAAUCGAUAGUAGCUUCCGCACCACAGCAGCCUCCAGACGCCUUGCUCUGCUUCGAUCUCCUCUCCGAUCUCGUCUCCGUCAUCGACGAUGAACCGAAGGCCAGUACUUCUCUCAAUUCCCUUUCCUUCUCCUCCUUCAGAUCUAAUCCCCAUCUCCAAUCUCAACCGUCCGUGCAUUUCUUACUUCCAGUGACGGAUCUGAUUUCUUGAUUUUUUUUAUUAAUUAUUUUUUCUACUUAGUUGACGAUUUAACUAUAUUGGCAACUAGAUCAUAGUAAAAUCUUAGCAUCUACGCAA